CUUCCAGCCAAUCAGGACCCGCGCAGGAUGCCGCGCCGGCCCCGAGCAGGCAGGUGGGUCGCCCCAGUUCCAUUCCGCCGUGGCCAAGGCUUCGGGCCAUUGCGGAAGAGCUCAGCUGGCACGGCCUUUUUGCUGUGCUGCCCGCAGCUCAACCAUCUACUUCUAACCGGCUCUUCUGUGCUAUCUACUCCCUCCCCGCCCAAAAAAAAGCUUGAACUGCUCGACUAGGCCAGGGCCGACGGCGACGGGUGGACGGUUCGGGAGCUGCGGUGCGGGGGUGGAGCUCACAGGCGCCUGCCUACAAGAGGAGCCUCCCUCCCCGAGGACUCCUGUCGCCGUCUUGCCCGACUUCGUUCUUUGUCCCAGCCGUUCUCUUCCUGCAGAUAUACCAAGCCUACCCUCGUACUACCCACCGGCUGUGCCAUCCAACACUAAGGUACCCACCAACCCAACAACAAAAAACCACAAAUACAACCACAAUGAACGCCCUGAGGCUGUCCGCCGCCCCCCGCCGCGUCCUGGUAGCAGAGACAUCGCGCGCAGCCGCCGCCUGGACGUCACCGCGUCGCGCCCUGCACGCCGACGCGCCCUUCCUCUUCUCCCUGCCGUCUGACCCCGAGGCCUCGAUGGCCAGAACCGGGGCGGCGCCCAAGGCGCAACACGCCACCACCACACCUACCGCGAGCGCGAGCACGUCGGCACAGAGGCCGCAGGCGGCGACAUCCCCCCAGCCCCCACGCGCGCACCCCGACGCGCCGUACAUCCUCUCGGUCCCGCCCGAGUUUGACCACUUCUCGUCGUCGGGCGGCGGCGCUGCCAGGGGCGGCGAGCAGAUGAGGGCUUGAGGCGGAUGGGAAUGCGGAGCGGGUGGCAGGGGGGGUUUUGUUUCCGACUACUGUGCCGGCCUUGUCUUUUAGGUCGGUCUGUCUUGUCUUGCUUCUCCACCCAGCUGUCGGUAACGGCAGAUGGGAUAACGAGCUCAUGAGUCCCGUUGUCGGUCUUGGCUGGAGUGGGAAUGGCUUUUGUAUAUUUUGCACCAUUCUUUUUGUCUUUCUCAAAGCGAGCGUCAUAAUACAGCAAAUUCACCGUCAAUCGUCAUAUAGUAUAAAUGCUGUCGUUGUUAUCUCACUAACCGCAACCAGGAGGAAGCCACGGCCACAUUCUAAUGCUAGGGCUAAAAUUGAAG